GACAAUGAAUAUUCAAUUUAUAUUGAAUGCAUUGAGUUGGCGUUAAAUUUCACGCAUAUCACUAAACAUUCUCAUUAGCACUCCUCUCAUGAAGUGUAAGCCAUCGCGACAAUUAAUUUUUCGAAUAUCAGACGAAAUUCUCGAACGUGGAAUCGAGUCGGCUAGUUUUAUAAAUACUAACAGUAAAUCGUACAGCCCCAGAUUUAAAUAACACUUGCAUUUAAAGUGAAUCAGUUCUUUAUGCAAUUGAAAAAGUGCGUUAUUCUUUUUGUUACGAAAAUUGCUAAUUCUUGGAGUUUGUGGAAGAAUACAGUGCAACAUAAAAGAUCUGCUGCGAUUCAAUAUCAGCCGCGAAUUGAAAAUAAGGUGUUACUCUUGCUGUAGUCUUGAUCUUGCUCUUGCUGUAGUCUGCAGUUUAAAUGAAGGUUCGGGGUAAUAAUUAUGGAAUUAAUAAUGGAUACAGAGUUACAAUAGUUUCUCAGAGGGUUUACGAAGCUUCAAUCUGAAUCCUCCUGCUUCGUAAAAAUCAUUUAAAAAAAAACUUGAAACUGAUUUUCAAUUACCGCGAUCAACAGCGAUCAAUAAUCUGAAUAUCAACAUCGGGACGCACCGCACACAGAACCUACAUAUCGAUGUCCUCUAUUGAAGAAAGAAACAUGAAGCAGACAAGCAUUAGACCACAAAUUUUUGCAGUCGUAACGGCCUCGCUGCUAUUUACCGCGACUGGAUUUCACUUCGGAUGGUCAUCGCCAACGUUGCCCAAAUUACUGGAAGACACUUCUAUCCCAGUGACACAGAACCAAGCCUCUUUGAUCAUAAGUCUCUUAUCAUUCGGAAGUACGGUUGGUCCGCUCCUCAGUAUCGUUACCGUCGACAGAUGGGGAAGGAAGACGACGAUGUUGCUCCUGUCAAUCCCAUUCAUUGUGUCGAGCAUCCUUAUCGCCAUGGCUCAAAACUACUGGUGGUACUACGUGGCAAGGGUUACUUGCGGACUUGCGAGCGGGAUUACUUGGACAAUUAUACCCAUGUACCUUGGCGAAAUCGCCGAGGAUAGAAUACGCGGAGGCCUUGGUGUGACGACGUCGGUUAUGUUAAACCUGGGACUCUUGUUGGCUUACACCAUCGGUCCGUGGGUUAGCAAACCAUUGCUCGCUGCUCUGGGUACAGCGAUUCCCGUCAUGUUCCUCUUAAUAUUCUCACGGAUGCCGGAAACACCCUACUUUUACAUGAUGAAGGAUAAGCCGAACCUCGCCAGAAAGAGUCUCGAAUGGUUGAGGGGCACAACGGACGUUGACCAGGAGGUUGAGGUGGUGAGAAAGAAUGUAGAAUUUGAUCUACAGAACUCGUGGGCACUGAAAGAGCUGUUCACGGACAAGGGAAAUCGAAAGGCAUUGCUUGUCGUCCUCGGACUGAUGACAGCCCAAGAAUUAUCGGGCAUUGCGGUUAUCACGUCUUACAGUACCAGCAUCCUCAGUGAAGUUGGAUCCGGCAUAACUUCCAGCGUUUCCGUCAUCAUAAUUGGCGUCAUUCAAUUGAUCGUCUCGGUACUCGUUGUAUUUUUCACCGACAGGGUAGGGAGAAGACCCUUGCUGUUUGGGUCCCUUUUUUUCAUCAUUGUAUUUCUCGCAGCCCUGGCAGCGUACUUUCAAUUACUCGCCAACGAGGACGAUGUCUCAGUAAUUUCGUGGCUACCCGUGACGGCAAUAAUCGGCUACGUCUGCAGCUUCACGAUGGGCUUGGGCACGAUACCGACGUCCAUAGCCUCCGAAAUCUUCCCGUGUAACGUCAAGGCUUACGCCUCGAUUAUAAUGAACGUAUACGUCUUCUUCAUCGAAGGCGUCAUUUUACAAUUGUAUCCAUUACUGGUGAAUGCCUACGGUAUUCACAUCACGUUGUACAUUUUUGCGGGUUGCACGACUGUUUCCAUAAUUUUCACAUUUUUCUACGUACCUGAGACCAGAAUGAAGUCAUUGGGUGAAAUUCAGCUGAUGUUGCGUAAGUGCUCCGAAUCAAACCAGACGUUGCAACCAGUCACCACGCCCGAUUGCAGCCAAAAUAACUCAAUAUAUUUUAUCUCCACUAACGACGUAAUUAAGUAACCAAUUGUCCGAAGGAUGUUAUUCAGUUAUGGAAACUAAUAAUCGCGAACAUUUUCACUUCAAGGGCACCAAGCGAUUGUACCAGACUGCUGUAAUAAAAUUCAAACGAAUAAUUUGUGUUUAUUCGUACUUAUGGUGGGUAUAAACUGCCACACUUUUCAUUUCUUGGUCUCAGAUUGCAAGACCCAUAUGUAUUAUAUAUACCGUAGGUGUAAUAUUUCUGCUUAAAAGAAUGCGUCAAUAAAACUGCAAGCUGUUUUUUUCUCACAGUAUAAAAUUUCAUUCAAUAAUAAUGCAUACUGCGAAAACAAUUAUUUUCUAUCCUCUUUGAAUUGAUAGUACUAAACAUGUUCUGAGGUAUUAAUUGUGCAAAUAAUAUUAGAGAUACGGUUUUUAUAAACUUUCCUACGUCAUAAUUUUAUGAAAAUACCAUAGCUAUCAUAAGGAUAUAAUAAAGAAAUAAUAUUGCUGUAAAAAUUGUCAUCUGAUCAAUAACUCCUUUAUCAGCAACGACGU